AUGAAUCUCAAAGAAUAUAUCGUUUAUGCUUCUGAAAAGCCUUCUGAGUCUAAUUUAGCCCCGCAAAUUUAUCAUUGCAACCUAUUUGCUACUAAUGAAAUCACAGCCCGUAGUAAGACUUUUAACUUAUUAAGGAAGAAGUACAAGAUUAAGAGUACUUUUGGCGUAAUUUUAAAGAUAGAGGAAGUAGCCCAGUAUAAUGACGUUAAAGUCAGAAACUUUACUGUUCAUGCAACGUACAAAGUCAAGACUAAUAUUAGUAAUGUUAAGAAGGAGAUUAGAGCUUUAACUAGAGUAGCUGCAGUAGAGAAACUCUACCAAGAGCUUAAGGCUAGACAUAGUGCUACUCCUGAUUGUGUGACUAUCAUUGAAGUAGUUGAGAUUAAGCCAGAAGAAGUAGUAAGUAAGAACAUUCUUCAAGUCAUUAACAAUCCUAAGUAUCCACUCUUUGAUAAGCGUAUUCCAGCUACAGCUCCUAACUUCCAAAUUGCUGCAAUUGAUAGGAAGUAG